AAGUUUGCCCACCCCUGCGCUAACCACUGGAUCACCGGGGCGCCCCCUAGCUUUAUUAAAUAAAGGUAAUAAAUUGAACACAAACACAUAACACGCGACCUGCCGUUUGCCACAAUUGACACUGAGUAACUGAGCAGAGCCAAGUCGAUUCUUCGUUUGCCAACACUGAGAUCACACCGCAGAAGUCACAGUAACUACAUACAGUACUGCAGAACAUGAGGAUAGCCACGGUGCACCUCACAUGUAUUCAUAAUAUGUAUGCUUUCAAAUUACUGUAAGUGCUACUUUGUGGAUUUCGUGUGUGGCGUGGGGGUGGUCUGCAAUGUGAACCCUGCAAUAAAGCAGUCAUUACUGUAUGUUUAGCAUAAUCAAGUUUAAUCUAUAUACCGUAUGUAUGUGGGUGGCUUUGUCUUCUUGUUGGGUGCUGUCACCCUUCUGGAAAGACUGUUUUUUAUUUUUUUUUUUAUUCUUGACUGGAGAAUGGAGCCUACCCAAGCUGACCUCCCACCAAGAGUACACACUGGAUUGGUCGCGAGUCAAUCACAGGGCACAAAAAUUCACUCAGUCACGCUGAGCCUGAAUGGGAACUUAAAGCCACAUUGCCUGCACCCAAGUCAGCUCAUCAUGUCUCUCCUCUAUCGUCUCGUCCACCCGCUGUCUCUUUAAGAGGCAUCGACGUCGCAGUGGGCGCACUCGAUGUGGGCCCUUCACAGCUGCAGGAUGCGCUCGGAUCCGCAUCGACUGCUGCGUCUUCUCGCCCCGCUGCCAGCGAUGAGCCAACCGCAGCCUCGGUGUCGUCGUUGUCCAUGUGAGCCGCACGCUCGGGUCCGAGGCUUCUGACUAGAGUCAAGCAGCUAGCUGGAAGGACUCAGGGCCUCCCUCACGAGAGGCAGCAUGUCCUUAACUCUCACCCCAAGUAGGAAGCCCUCAUUAGGUCAGCGCAGGCGCUCGGCAGGAACGAGUGGCAGCAGCGGACGAUGCACCCACACUGACAUGUCCAGCACCAGCAACUACCCGCUGAAGGUCAAGGCGACUGAGGGCAGCCUAACACCUCGGGUCUAUCCGAGUACGCCAAGGCAUCAAGCAAAGCAUACGGUAUGUAGUGACAACCAUGGGAUCAGGCCUCCCGCCCCGGAGCAGUACCUCACACCCCUGCAGCAGAAAGAGGUGAGCAUACGACACCUGCGAGCCAGACUGAGGGACAACAUGGAGAGAUUACAACACAGAGACUACGAAAUAGAUGAGCUGAGGACUCAGUUGUACAGGAUGCAGGAAGACUGGAUCGAAGAAGAAUGCCACCGCGUGGAGGCCCAGUUGGCCCUCAAAGAGGCCCGCAAGGAAAUUCAGUACCUCCAAGAAGUGGUGGAGUCUGUGAGGUCCAACCUGGGUGCUUGGAAGCAAGACCACGACCACAAGCCAUACACGAGGUCCCAGGAGCCAAGGCUCGGCGGGAGGUCUCGAUCCUGCGGCUGCUCUCCCGCCAGCACGUUGACCCGCAGCCGGCACCUGAGCGGCGAGGCCCCGCAGGCCGAGUCAAGCCGAGCGCCACGCCACCCGCUGCUGGAAACGACUGCACAGCAGGACUGCGCCGAGGGGGCGCCGCCCCUCUUCCCUGGCUGUGACCGGCUGCGCCGAACGGGCGCCGCAGUAUCCAUCUCACACUCCUGCCAUUCUCUGGCAGGAAGCUGCUACCUCCCUCAUCAUCACUUGUUCCUGCACUUACCUCAGGAGGAGCCCCAGGAAACCAUUGCCUCUGCCAUGACUGCGCCCGCCGAUCCGGUCCCAAGUGCUCCGGCGGGGAGAAAGCUGGAGGUGCGCUCACGGGCCUGCAGCCCGACCAUGACCUGGGUUUCCCGCGAGGAAAGGGGCGCAGAGGAGCUGAGCAUCAUUUCUGCGGCAUCAAGGGACGUAACCCACGUGGAGCCCCUCGUAUUUUCGGCGGCUUUACCUCCUCUGUCUCCUCAAAAGAGGCCCUGUGUGUGCCAACCCCACCCCGUGACCCCCCUAAGGCAGGGAGCCGCCGUGCUGGAGACGGAGGGGGGUGGCAAGGAGGAAGCAGGAAAUGACGAUUUGCUUCAGAGUUGCCACUGGAGCCCGUACUUCCUGGUGGAUCUGUUGGCUUUGGCUGUACCGGUGGUUCCGACCUUGGCUUGGCUGUGUCGCGGGGACAUCGCACCCGUCUAUCAUAUCGGCUCCCUGCUGAGAGGGUGUUGCGCCGUGGCCCUGCACUCGCUCCGUCGGAGACGCGGCGGGGCAGGACGCGAAUCGGCCAGCGUGAGUGCAACACCCAUCUGAGUUGGCUUCUCAUCCCGCCACCCUUCCUCAAACUGAAUACCCAUUAUGGACAGGCUGCGCUCGUUACAUUUAGCUUAAAAAAUAUUUCCCAAAAACUGAUGUGAAUUUUUGGGAGUUACUUAUUUGUACACUGAGAGGAAUAGUUCUCAUCUUAAAGGUAUACAAUGGGCCUCCGUUAUUUGUUCGGGACAGACCCAACCACAUCUCGAAACACUUGUAUCUCAAAUAGCUUAUUCCCUUUGAAAUGAAUGAACAUGCCAAGAAUCCGUUGCAGCCUCCUCCUCCAAAACUGAAAUUUUGGAAUGUUUUUUUUCUUGAAGAGAAAAAUAGCAUUCUAUAAUAUUGUACUUUCUAAAAACACAAAGUAGUCUAGUAGUUUUUGUCAUACAUUUUUCCUUUUGGUGUGCAUAUCAUGGCCUCCCCGGGGCAGUAUUAUACAGACAUACAAGGAGACGUCCCAACUCCAUCCAUUUUCAACACUGCUUAUCCUGAAGGGGCCGGGGGUUGCUGAAGCCAAUCCCAGGUGACUCUGAGCAGAAGGCAGACCACACCCUGAACUGGUCAGCACUCAGUCGCAGGGCACAUGGACAGAAAAGCAACUGUUGACACCCACAUCCACACCGUCCCCGAGUGGGAACCGAUCCCACGCUGCCCGCACACAAGUCAGGCGGAUGUCCCACUACACCAUCAGUGACUAUGUCACAACUCCUCAGUAGUAAUAUGAUCAUUCUUUGCAAAAGAUAAAGACUACACGCCUGUGACAAUUGACAUGUUCUUUUUCUACUUGUGUUGCUUCUUAUGUUUGUUGCUUUAACAUAACACCACCACAGAGAGACCAUUAGUUUGCAUUAAGCUGGCUAUUUGGUCACACGCAACAUGGAAUCUUUCUAUUUUAUGUUGCGUUUGAGCUGGUAGGAGCACGGAUCAGAGUGAAGGGUUUUUGUUUUUUUAAGAAUUGUUCAUCAUUUGCCAAAAUGCUGCUUGUAGUGAAGUGAGUUGACGGCCAACCUACAGCCCUCGUACCGUUUUUGUGCUAGUGAGUCUUAAGCAAAAAAAAAAAUCAAAAACAUUUGCCUGUCUCUUGAAAACCUCAUAAGUCAGGUUACUCGCAUCGCAGGGCACACCUGAAGUUAAUUGUAAACCUAAAUGCACAAUCACUUUCGCCCACCUGAAAUGAUUGCCAGAUUUUUAAAAACGAUUUCUUGCAAGUGCCAUACGAACUAAAGUAGCAAGUUAAAAACUCCACAAUCAAGCACAUUUCAAAACUUCAUUUUGCAUGGCAAGAAAAGCAUACAAAUACAGUAUAUAAACUGAAGUCAGUUGAAGAAAAAAACUUUUCACUGCAUUGGUAGCAUGUUGAAGAACAUUUUAACAUUUCUAACAAGAGUUUUUCAAAUGUUUCAGCAGUGUGGCCAGGGUGACACAACACCAUAAGUGGUGAGCAUGCUCGUCGUGUGCGUGCCUCAUUCUUUCUCAUCCCAUCCGCAGACAGGGAUUCAGGAAAUAAAAUGCCCUCAGAUCCAGAACAAUGGCCAUCACACUCCGAAUCAAGCAGCAACAAGUCAAAAGCAAUGUUUUGCUGAGCUUGAUUGACUCGACGUCAGCAACCUGCGGCUCCAGAGCCGCUUGUGGCUCGUUCAUCCAUCUGCUGUGGUUCUCUGUGACUUUGAAAAAUAAAUAUUCGGACACAUAGACAAUGAAUAAUUUAUUUGAAAAGUCAAUGAACAUCUUUUUUCAGAGUUCAAAAUGUUUUUGUUAGAUGCAGAAAUGCUGCUUUACCUUUAACCAUUCAUUUCAUAAAUGUAACCCAAUGUUUUUUUUAAACAUACAAAUUUUACAAAACAAAACGAUACAUCCAGUUAUCAUCUCCUAAGAACUUUUAUCUCAUGGACUGAUUUGCAGUCCUACCUAACAGCCAGUCCAUGAUUAAUUGUCACCGAAUGGCAGACACCAUUUUGCAAUCUGCAAUUGAUGGCCAUACAUUCAAAUCCUAUCUAAAAAACACAACAACUAAAGUCUCUUAAUCCUUCACGAUUGUAAAUGUUUCCUUUAACUUUUUUGACUGUUUGUUCCUGCUUAUAUUACGAGUGUGUGUGCAAAAUUGGUGUCUGUGAACAUUUUUUCCCCCACAAAGCCAUGACUGUGGAUGCUACGAUUCACAAUGACUUCUCGGCCAUGUUGUUUGCUAACAAUGUUGUGAAAGUAAUGAUUUUGAUUUACAGUGAGUGUAAAAAUUCAGUGUUCUUUAUUUAACACAGCUUGUUUUAGAAUUUAGCUUCAGAUCAAUCGACUAUUUUUUCUUAAAAUAUGCAGAUAAUACAACUUAAUUGUGGCAAGGUAUCCAGAGAGGUCUGCUGCAUCCAUGUGAAAAUGGCACAAAAAUCCGAGAUAUCAAAAUUGUCUCCAAGGUGUUGGGGUGUUCAGAGGUUUGUCAGUGGCCACCACGUAGCUCCAUACCAGGGUCCAAGCAAAACGCUGUUCAAGCAGAUUAUUGGUGUCCUGUAGGACACUAUAUUGGCAACUUUUAGAACAGUUUGUUUUCAAACAUUUCGGGACAAUUUUUAUUUCACUUUUCUGUUCUACUACAUUCAUGUAGUUGGGGGAGAGGAGGUCAGUACUGUAUUCACUGAGCUGAUGUUUUUUGUGUUAUGUAUGUCACAAUGUCCGUGUUUGAAGUUGAGAAUUAUUUUCCAGAAUAUUUUGUUAGAAUGCCAAAAUGUGUGACUUGUGGGUGCUCCACUCUCCUCUUUCUUUUGUACACCAUUUCAUUUGUGCAUGAAACCCUGCAAAUUGCUUCUCAUUGUCAGUUUUGUGGAGACAUUUUCUACUCAGACGUAAUUUCCUAUGAACUAAAUAGAAGGCAAAUGAUCAUUUGUCAUGUACAGUAUUUUCUUUCCAAUAACAUUUCCAGAGGGAGACUAACUUGCAAAACUGUAAAAAGCUUUCCAGGUACCACUUAAUAGUUUGCGACAGUGUAAAAGCACCUAACUUUUUCCUCUUUUGCUCAGAAAUACUUGACCAUGUGUGUGUGUUAUUUAAAGACCAUGUGAUCCAUGACUUCAUGAAUGCAAAUGCUUUUGAAAGUAUUUUUAAGAUAACAUUUUGGGUCUAUUUUUCAACUGUUUUUAUUAUGUAUGGAAUGAAGCAGCGAGUUUGUUAAUAGUCAGCUACAACCGAGGAUAAAGUUCGACAUUCAAUGUCACAUCUGAGGAACGUUUCUCCAUAGCUUAUUUUUGUGCUCAUUUAGAAAAUCCUCAGCGCUUAAUAAAAGUGAGGUACAGUAACUAAUUUCAGCCUUACGCAAUAGAAAAGUACAUUGAUUUUGGUUUUCAGGGGUAGUUUUCUUGCUCAAUUCAACAUUGGUUGGAUCUGCACGUUGCACAAAAACAAUCUUUUUUUGGUUCAAAGAAUAUAAAUGUGCUGUAUAUACUAACCUGCAAAUGUACGACUGCUCCUGAAAUAUGAUCUGUCCUAAAGCAUUGAGACGCUUGCACUGACUGUACUCUUUUAUUGUGAAGAGUAAGAACAUAACGUAACAUCCACAGCUUGUAACAUAAAACUCCUUGAAAUAAACGCAAUCACAAACUGCAA